AAAAAAAAUGAUUUUCCUUUUUAUUAUCAUUCACGCUUUUUUUGAUUUCGUUAUGACAACAAAUUCGUAUGACAAUAUUGGGCCUACAUUUGAUAUCGAACCACCCACGCGAUUAGAUUUCACUAACAACAUUGGAGGGCGUCUUGAUUGUGUUUCGCGAGGCAUUCCAACCCCCAACAUCGAAUGGUUUGAUAACGAAAAUAAUCCCGUUAGCUCGGUACAAAAUAUUCGUCACAUUCUCGCUAAUGGUUCGCUCUACUUUCCGCCCUUUUCGGGUGAAAGCUUUCGACAAGAUGUACACUGGACAACAUAUAAAUGUGUAGCUGUAAAUUCAAUAGGAACAAUAGUCUCAAGAGAUGUUUUUGUUAAAGCAGUUAUUCAUCAGCGUUACGAUUUAGAAGUACAAAAUCCGGGCGGAUUCAUUGGUAGUAAUGUAAUUAUAAAGUGCAACAUCCCACAAUUCGUAAAGGAAUACGUGAAAGUGACUUCAUGGCUUGAAGAACCAAUGCAUAAUAUUUAUCCCAGUUUAGAGGGAGACUCGAAAUUUCACAUGCUACCAACUGGUGAACUAAUCGUUAUAAAUGUUACCCAACAUGAUGCUCAAAAAACAUUUCGUUGUCGAACUCUACAUUCGCUGACACAAGAUGUUGUCAUCAGCAGUAGUGUGGGGCGAAUUCAAUUGACUGAAAUGAAGGAACCCGUUCCUCCUAUAAUGAAUGAUAAGAUCAAAUAUAUAACCAUCCGAAUGGAAGAAUCCGUUGUCAUUCCAUGUGUUGCCUAUGCUAACCCAAAACCUCUUUUUAGAUGGUUCUUCGUUAAACAGGGACGUAAUGAGUCAAUUGAUCACAUGAUAAUGACGGGACGAUACAAAAUGAAAGAAAGUCGUUUGAUUAUUCAAUCAAUUGAAAUGUCUGACAACACAAUAUUUUACUGUACAGCAACAAAUGAUCAAGGAAGUGAAACAUUAGAGAUUCAAUUAAAAGUUGUAGCACCUCUUCAAGUUCAUAUUCAACCAAUACGUCAAACCGUUGAUGUCGGAAAAACUGCUGACUUGAAAUGCAUGAUAAGUGGAACACCGCAGUCACAAAUUUGGUGGCUGAAGGAUGGGCAACCACUUAGAACGGGUUCAAGAGUUCGCCUGCUUAAUAAGGACAAUAUUCGUAUUACAUCAGUGUCAAAAGAUGAUCAGGGGAUGUUUCAAUGCUUUGUGAAAAAUGAUGUUGACAUUGCUCAAGGCAUAGCUGAAGUUAGUUUGGGCGAAAUUGCUCCACAACUUCAUUAUAGAUUUAUCGAACAAACCCUCCAACCCGGGCCUGGGGUAUCAUUAAAAUGCACUGCCACAGGCAGCCCUACGCCCCAAAUUUCUUGGACACUCGAUGGCUUCCCUUUGCCAAAUAAUGAUAGAUUGAUGAUAGGACAAUAUGUGACGAUAUCAGGCGAUGUCAUUAGUCAUGUCAAUAUAAGUGCGGUUAAGACGGAAGAUGGAGGUGAAUAUGCAUGCACUGCUAGGUCACGGGCGGGUCAAAAUAGCCAUUCAGCUCGUCUAAAUAUCUACGGCAUGCCAUUCGUUCGUUCGAUGUCACCCAUAUCAGCAGUUGCUGGACGAGUUCUGCAAAUUAAAUGUCCAGUUGCUGGAUUUCCAAUCGAUAAAAUCGUGUGGGAGAAGAUUCCACCAAAAGUUUCGCAUUUUGAAUUUUCCAAGGAGCUCAAUGUAGGAGACCGAACAAGUGUGCAAUGUGUUGUUGGAACGGGAGAUUUGCCAUUAGUAUUCACGUGGCUUAAAGAUAAUGUGCCCAUAAAACAAUCAGGAACAGUAGGUGCAAACGACAAUAAUAAUGGAAAUUCACGGUACAAUAACGACAAAAGUAAUAGUAAUCGUCUUAGUAAUAAAGACACCGCCGACGACAAUACCUUGAUAAUGAUAAGGCAAAAUGAUGAGUUCACCAGUGCAUUAAGUAUAUUAAGUAUUAAGCAGUCUCAUGCUGGAGAAUAUACGUGUCGGGUGGCAAAUGAUGCGGCUACUGUCCAAUAUGCAGCAUCACUUAAAGUCAAUGUGCCGCCCCGAAUUACGCCAUUCAAUUUUGGCGACGAUAUUCAAGAAGGCAUGAGGGUUCAAACAAUGUGUACAAGUACUCAAGGGGAUCAACCUUUCAAUAUAACUUGGUAUCGAGAUAGUAAAGCACUUAAAAGUGGAACGCAGACAGAUUUAACAUCAUUCGGCUCUUCCUACCAAAGACAUCAUUUCGACGAGAGAACAAUUGAAAUCAAUAUUAUACAAUCGUUUUCAAGCAUUCUUACGAUCCAUAACAUUACGUCACAGCAUAAUGGAAAUUACACAUGUCAAAUAUCAAACCCAGCAGGAGUUGUCGACUACACAGUCGUAUUAUCUGUUUCUGUUCCACCACGAUGGAUAAUCGAACCGAAAGAUGAAAGCGCAAUUUUAGGAACGUCACUUGUAUUGACAUGUAAAGCUGAUGGUUUUCCCACACCGACAGUUCAAUGGAAGCAGUCGCUAGGUGAACAGUCGGGAGAUUACCGCGAGCUUAUAUACAACGACGGUUCAUCUAGCAUUCAGACAUUUAACAAUGGCACAUUGCUCAUUCAAAACGUUACAAGAGAACACGAAGGAAACUUUUUAUGCCAAGCGAACAAUGGAAUCGGUGCGGGCUUAAGUAAAUUAAUUCGUUUAACUGUUCAUGUGGGACCGCACGUCAUCAUUCGUAAUAAACAAGUAUCUGUGCGACGAGGUGAAAGAACAACUUUACGUUGUGAAGCUGAUGGUGAUAAGCCUUUAGACAUAGCAUGGCGUUUUAAAAAUGGACAGAUUAUUGGGAAAUUAUACGACACUCGAUAUGAAGUUAAAAAUAAUGAUUUGUCGAAAGGCGCAUUAUCCGAGUUAACAAUUCUUCAAUCAGCAUUAUCCGAUCGUGGCGAGUACACUUGUGUAGCAACAAAUGCUUUCGGGCAUGACCAUUCAUUAAUUCAUUUACAAGUUCAGGAACCACCAAGCGCACCACAGAAUCUGCACGUAAAUGAGCUUCAUAGUCGGUCGGUGACAUUGUCAUGGGCUGGCCAAGAGAAAUAUGACACCGUUGGUUAUGUUGAUCCCCAACCCGUCACACGAUACAUUUUGCAAUUCAAGGAAAGUCAAGACGUGUGGCACGACUACAACCAAAAAGCCAUAAGUGGUGAGAAAAAUUCAGGACACGUUGGCAAUUUAAAGCCAGCCACCAACUAUCACUUUCGAUUAUUUGCUGAGAACACUCUUGGAACAAGCAUUUCCAGUGAUAUCUUACAUAUUCAAACUGAUGGUGAAACACCAAGUGGCUCUCCACAAAAGGUCAAUUUAGAGCCUAUCGGACCGACACAACUUCUUGUCACGUGGCGUCCUCCAGACAGAGAACAUUGGAAUGGAGAAAUCCUUGGCUAUGCUAUUGGAUUUCAUAAAUCUGAUGAACAAGAUCAUAUUUACAAUUACACGAGAAUUGGAGCUUCAAGUGGCGAAGGUUCACAUGAAUUUCGUCUUGUUGGUCUUGAAAAGUACACGGGCUAUAAUGUAAUUGUUCUUGCUUUUAAUGGAAAAGGCGAUGGUCCACCAUCAAAGCCAAUGCUUGCUCAUACACUUGAAGAUGUUCCAAGUGCUUCACCACAGAAAGUCACAUGUUCAGCUUUAACUUCACAAAAUGUUCAAAUAUCUUGGCAACCACCACCCGUGAAGAAUAUGCAUGGCGUGAUUCAAGGUUACAAAGUUCUUUAUGAGACCUCAAAUAUUGUGACGGAAUAUUUAAAUCGUGAGACAAAAGUGACGACAGCUUUGAGUACGGUUUUACAUGGCUUGCAGCCGUUUACAAAUUAUUCUGUUCAGGUUCAAGCUUUCACGAGAGCUGGUGAAGGUGUCGCAAGUCAAACUCUUACUUGUAGAACAGAAGAAUCGACCCCUGAUGCGCCAGAAAAAAUUAAAGCCAUUGUGACUGGUGAGAAUUCAGUGAUAAUCAGUUGGCUACCACCAAGACGACCCAACGGUAUUUUAUCGCUUUUCACAAUUUUUAUUCGUGUUCUUGAUAAAGGUCAGGAAAUGAAAAUUAUUAAGACAACCUUACCAGCACAUAAUAAUCAUUACGAAGCGAAGAAUCUCAAUCAAAAAGAGAAUUAUGAGGCAUGGGUGACAGCAUCAACGAAACUUGGUUCUGGUCCAAGUACGCCAGUCGUUAAACUUGUUCCAAAUAGUCAAGUGCCCGCACAAAUCGUCAGUUUCGGACAAAUUGUUUCAGUUUCAUGGAAAGUUGACGUUAAACUUCCAUGUUUAUACGUCGGUCAUCCCAAGCCUACAAGUGAAUGGACGGUUGCGAAUGAGAGAGCGAAGCAAAGUCGAAUGGAGAUUGGUGAAGACAAUACAUUGACAAUGCGAAAUGUUCAACGUAUUCAUGAAAGCAACUACACUUGCUACACUCGAAAUGCUAUCGGAAAUGAUCGAAUAACUUAUCAGCUUUACGUUCAAGUACCACCGGGUCCACCGAAGCUGACUGUAACUUCCAAUUCACCAUCUUCAGCGACAUUACAUUGGCAUAUUAGUGACACGGGUGGUGCGCCAAUUAAAAAUUAUCUUCUCACAUAUCGUCGACACUUUGGAGAGUGGCACGAACUUAUUCUUGAACGUAGAAGUAAUUCUCAUAUACUUGAUAACUUACAAUGCGGCACAGAAUACGAAUUCACCAUAGCGGCAUUAAAUAAAAUCGGAAGUGGAGCGACAAGUGAAACUGUCAUUAUUAAGACGAUUGGGGAAAAGCCGAUAGCACCAUCGAUAGAUAACUUCUUGAAAGUUAAUAUCACGUCCGUAGUGCUUGAGUUGAUUCAAUGGCAAGAUGGCGGUUGUCCCAUAUUAUACUUUACUGUCGAAUACAAACAUUAUGGAUAUUCAAAUGAAUGGAUAAUUGUGUCGAGCAAUAUUGUAUCACAAGCUCGUUUUCCUAUUGGAGAUUUGGAACCUUCAACUGCUUAUAACAUUCGAAUUCAUGCAUAUAACAACGCAGGUUCAACUAUUGCUGAGUACACGUUUGAAACACUUAACAUGGCUGGAGUCGUGAUGAACUCAAAUAAAAGAGGACGAGACAUGAGCUAUGAUUCGAAUGAUUUUUUCUUCAGUGAUUCGCAUAUUUUAACAGUUUCCAUCAUUUCCAUUUUUGCUGUUAUCUUAGCUGUUUUGGGAGUUUGUUUCUUCUUUAAAUUAUAUGGUAGAGAUAUAUUCGAAAACGAUCAAACGCGUCAACAACAGCUGCAAUCAUCAUAUCAACACGGUAAAAAUUCCAAACUUUCUAUAUCAGAACAUCGAGAACAAUAUUAUCAGACGGUGCGAAAGCAAUCAACUCAGUCUCCAGGCCUUGACAGUGCAUUGGAACGUAUACCGGAAUACUCUGAGGAUAUUUAUCCCUACGCAACCUUUCAUUUAAAAGAUCAAGAUAAGAGCUCAACAAGACAAGCGCAAGGAUUAAUUUACGAGUCUCGUGAGACAAUGUUGAUGGCUAAGAAACACAGAACAUCGAGUAGUGGAAUCAACACGGGUACAGGUAGUCGAUCUCGUAAGAAAUCAAGAAAAUUCAACACAGAAUCGGAAGAGUACGACAGUUUGAAUUCGGAUAGUGACACUGUCAGUCGAGAUCUUGACGCAAAUAGUCGAACGGAAUCUUCGAAUUGUUUAGAUGAUACUGGCCCUGUAAACUUCAGCAGUCGUGCUUAUAGUCCCGGUCCGCGAAAAGAAAGAUUAGCCCUCUUACAACGACCACCAGCCCAUCAUAGUAACCCCCAGCUCCUUCGUCAUCAUCUUCUGAUUGACUUUUAUUUUAAAACUUUGUCCUUUCUUCUUUCUUGUUUUGUAACUGAAGCAGAUGCCCAAUGCAGCAAACUCGACUCAAAUGCGUCCCUAGUCGAGAAACAACAAAUUUCUGAAAUGCGGAGUUUUAAUGAUAACCAUAAAUUGCAAAUAAGCGGUCGUCAUAGUGUAGAUUUAGCAGAUACUCCAUCGAAAUUAUUAGUGAAAUCGAGAAGUAAAUUGCAUUAUGGAGAAUUUAUUAAUGGAGGAUUUAAUGAAAAAAGUAAUCGGCCUCUAAAUAACAUCACAUCGAACUCAAAAUUUUAUGGAGAUUUCCUUACAUUAACUCCAAGACGAAAUAAACUCAACGAAUAUCUUCAAUAUCAUCAACAACAGUCACAUGAACCUUACGAUCAUAUCGGAAGUCGUAAACUUAAUUUCUACCAGAAUAAUCAUUCGAGAUUAAAUGGAAAUAUUGCUGGAGAUCUCUCCGAACAUUCUUAUCUAAAUUCAUUAGAUACAUUGAAGUUAGAUGAAGAUCGUAACAUUCUACAUUCGAAACUUUUCUAUCAGAAUGACAACAGCGGUAAUGAAUACGUAAUCGCAAAUAAGAAACAACAUGUCGUCACAUCAACCAAUAGUAAUCCAAAUAAUAUUGUAAGUCCCCCAAAUCAGUUUUCAAAUGACUCAAACAUUAAUAGAUUUAUUAAACUUUAA